CUGCAAACGACGUCGUAUAUAUUCUUCUUCUAGUAUGGGCACCGGCAACCCCCAAACCAUUUUUCCCAAUCCAACACACAAACCAUCUUCUCCCUGAUUUGAUUUCACCUCCGUCCUCCUCCUCCCAACAAAAAUGGAAUCUAAUACGAACGGCAACUCCGCCGUCUCCAACGCCACCAUCUCCUCAGCCACCGCCGCAUCCCUCCCAUCAGUUCACGGUGCAGUUCCCUCUUCGAAACUCACCCAACUGACGGAGUCCUUAAAACUAGAACAUCAGUUCUUGAGAGUCCCAUUCGAACACUACAAGAAGACGAUCCGCGCCAACCACAGGGCUGUCGAGAAAGAGGUAUCUGCCGUCAUGUCCACUCUCUCAGAUUCCGGUGAUCUCUCCCAAGACGAUGCCGUUAAGCAUCUCAAUUCGCUCGUUUCUAGAUUACAAGGUCUCAAGCGGAAGUUGGAAGAUGGGAGUAGGGCUGAGCAUCUCCAAGCGCAACGGUGUAAGGCCCGACUUGAUCAUCUGGAAUCCGCCGGAGCCGAUAAUAUAUCAGAGUGGAACAACACGCGGUUGAAGCGAAUACUGGUAGACUACAUGUUGCGAAUGUCAUACUAUACCACUGCCACACAGCUUGCUGAAAGCAGUCACAUACAGGAUCUUGUUGAUAUUGAAAUCUUUUAUGAAGCCAAAAGAGUGAUGGAUGCUCUAAGAAACAAGGAGGUAGCUCCUGCUCUAGCCUGGUGUGCUGAUAACAAGUCUAGGUUAAAAAAAUCUAAGAGCAAAUUCGAGUUUCAAUUGAGGCUUCAGGAGUUUAUUGAAUUAGUACGCAAUGAAAAGAAUCUCCAGGCAGUUACAUAUUCCCGAAAGCACCUUUCACCAUGGGCAGCUUCUUAUAUGAAAGAGUUUCAGAAAGUUUUUGCCACAUUGGCUUUUACUUGUAAUACUGGAUGUGAGACAUACAAGGUUUUAUUUGAUGCAAAGCAAUGGGAUUUCUUAAUGGAACAAUUCAAACAGGAGUUUUGUAGGUUAUAUGGGAUGACCCUUGAGCCUUUGUUGAAUAUCUAUCUCCAAGCAGGCUUAUCAGCUCUCAAAACUCCAUUCUGUUAUGAGGAUGAUUGUCCAAAAGAGGAUCCUCUGUCUCAAGAAAGCUUCCGGAAGCUUGCGAUGCCAUUGCCUUACUCAAAGCAGCAUCAUUCAAAACUUGUCUGCUACAUAACAAAAGAGCUCAUGGAUACAGAGAACCCACCACUUGUUUUACCCAAUGGAUAUGUUUACAGCACUAAGGCUCUUGAAGAAAUGGCACACGUCGGCAACAAGGUGUUUUGCAUUACAAGCUCGCGAUUGACUCUAGAUAUUCGUAAGCAGGAGGAUGCUUUUGAUGCUAUGAUGAAUCAAGGAGUUACGGACACCAUAACCACCCUGGACCCGAAUUCACUCGAGCAUCACGCUGUCGAUUCAAGCCAUGGACAAGCACAAUCAUAUUAUGCCUCAUCUUCCGCUCCUGAAUCUGCAUCCUGGACCAUGUAUGGAGCUGUUAGCGAUUCCACAGGGAACAAAACUUAUCCCAGUGCCAACUUCAGCCAUGAUCAACGUUCAGAACCUCAAUCAAGAAACCUUCAAGAUGGAUUGAGUGUGGCAUCUGCUGGUACUGUUUCAAGUUCUGGUGCAGCAGCUAAUCUAGAGAUAUGCAGCAGCCAAAUCAAUCAUAUCCUCCUCCUCCUCAUCAUCAUCAGCAGCAGCAGCCAAAUCAAUCAUACACUCAGCAGCAGCCAAAUCAGUCUAGUCAAACGUAUGUUCAGCCAGCAGGAGCCUAUCAAAGUACAGACAUCUGGUGGUUACCCAACUGCAAAUUACAAUACUCAGACGAAUUCAUGGAAUCAAGGAAGCUAUCCAAGUUAUGCUCAUCAAUAUCCAAACUACACUACAGAUUCUAAUGUUGCUUAUACUGCUCAAAAUAAUACUCCUGUGGCAUCUGUACAAUAUCAACAAGAUUAUAGUAAACAAUGGACAGAUUAUUAUAGCCAAACUGAAGUCACAUGUGCUCCUGGGACUGAAAAUGUAUCUUCUACAACUGCACCCAAUCUGGUGUCUCCUCUUCCUGUUCCUGUUCCUGUUCCUGUUGUUGCCAAUGCUUAUUCUGCUCCAAACAACCAACAAGUGGCAUCUACUGCUCCAGUUCCAUCAUCUUGGAAGCCAGAAUCUGGCUUAUCUGAGUUACCCUCAGUGCAGCCUAGUGCAGCAAUUAACAAUGUCCAUGAAAGUUACUGGAAACAAGGGAGUCAAGGUUACCAAAAUUACCAUGUUACCCCAAUGCAAUCAGGCUUUCAGAAGCCUUUAGAAGCCCCCCCUCAAAGACCAAAUGUACAACAAUAUACAUCUUCUCAUCUGCCUCAAACCUAUCAACCACCUCCACAAAUGACCCCACAAACUUCUGUACCCUUUGGGGUAAACAAAGUGCAGAUUCCAACAAACCCUAGAAUCUCUUCUAAUUUACCCAAAAACAACAAUUCCACAAUUGGAGCCUCAAAGCCAGCUUAUAUCGGUGUCUCACUUCCUAACCCUAAUGACAACACAUCAUCACAUGCUCCUGCUGCAGAUUCUGCAGAUAAGCCUGGCACGCUUCCCAAGUCACUACGUGGGUAUGUAGAAAGGGCUUUGGCUCGUUGCAAGGAUGAUAGACAGAUGGCAGCUUGCCAAAAUGUCCUCAAGGAGAUUAUCACCAAAGCAAGUACUGAAGGCACUCUUUCUACACGAGACUGGGAUACUGAGCCUCUUUUCCCUAUUCCCAACACUGAUACCAUUACUAACGAAUCAACUCCUCCAUCACUGAUGAAGAACAGAAGAAGUCCAAAUAGGCGUGCAAAAAGUAGGUGGGAGCCUCUGCCAGAUGAGAAACCAGUUGAGAAACAGUCGUUUUUUACCCCCGAGAGUGUAAAAUCCAGUGGAGGCUUUCAUAGCAUUGAAAGAGAUAAACAGUUUUCUACAGGAAAACCAGAGAAUAAGGAGAGUAAUAAAUUUAGUAACCUGAGAUUCUUUUUAUCAAAUCAAAAAGAAACAAAUAAAUCAGGUUUUCGUCCAGCUAAAAGGCAACAUAUAGGUGAAGGUAAAAGCGCACCUAUUAACAACAACAACAAUGACUCAUCAUCAAGUGAUAGUGACAAAGAACAAGGCCUAACUGCAUAUUAUGCAAGUGCAAUUACACUUGCGGACUCACCAGAAGAAAAAAAGAGACGUGAAAGUCGUUCAAAACGUUUUGAAAAAAACCAUGGAAAUCGAACAACAUAUAACAAUAACAACAAUAAUAAUAAAGCCAAAAACUUGUACACUAGAAGGGCGUCUAUGUCCAUGUUGGCAAAUAGUAGCAACACCAACACCUCAGAUGACAGUGGAGGUGCCAGCAGGGCAGUUGAAGAUAUUGAUUGGGACUCUUUAACUGUUAAAGGAACUUGUCAAGAAAUUGAAAAACGUUACUUACGCCUUACUUCUGCACCAGAUCCUUCAACUGUAAGACCUGAGGAAGUAUUGGAAAAGGCUUUGGUUAUGGUUCAAGAGUCUCAAAAGAACUAUCUUUAUAAAUGCGAUCAGCUCAAAUCUAUUCGACAAGACCUUACAGUACAACGCAUACGCAAUGAGUUGACUGUCAAGGUGUAUGAAACCCAUGCAAGAUUAGCAAUAGAAGUCGGAGACUUGUCCGAGAUUAAUCAGUGCCAGUCACAAUUGCAGACUCUUUAUGCUGAAGGAAUUAAGGGAUGCCAUAUGGAGUUUUCUGCCUACAAUUUACUCUGUGUUAUCUUGCACUCCAAGAACAAUAGAGAUCACUUGUCAGCCAUGUCUAGAUUAUCAGUCGAAGCAAGGAAAGACGAAGCGGUUAAACAUGCUCUUGCAGUGCGUGCAGCCGUGACAUCCGGAAACUAUGUCUUGUUUUUCAGAUUAUAUAAAAUUGCUCCUAACCUCAACACCUGUCUUAUGGAUCUUUAUGUGGAGAAGAUGCGGUAUGCAGCUGUGAAAUGCAUGACGCGAUCAUAUCGCCCAACACUACCUGUGAAUUAUGUGGCUCAGGUUCUUGGAUUCCAAGAAAAUGGAUUGGAGGAGUGUACAGAAUGGUUGAAGGCUCAUGGUGCAUCUCUUGCUAUGGAUAAUUCUGGAGAGAUGAUGAUUGACGCUAAGGCGUCCAUGGCUUCUUUGUUUAUGCCAGAGCCAGAUGAUGCGGUGUCCCAUGGGGACGCCAGUCUUGCUGUUAAUGAUUUUUUGACACGUUCAUUGUCAUAAUCGUAAAUCAUAAAAUCAUAAAUCAUAAAUAAAUAGAUCAAGAAUCAAGACAAGACACAUGUAAAAGAAAACUAGGUUUUUGCUGACGUGGAUCCUGGAGAAACCCAGCCUGGAAAUUUAAUACGUGGCUGGGUUUUUUUGAUGUUGGGAUCGAUAGUGUACUACUAGUAGUAUCGUGGAAUACAAAAAAACAGAUGAGAUGAGAUGUUUUCAUUAGAAUCAGAUGUUCAUUCUUUUUUUCUAUAGAGGCGUUAUAAUGUGUAUUGGUUUAAAUUUUGUAAUUUGAUUGCUUAUGUUGUGGUGUAGCUCUGAUUUAUUUUAUUUUAUUUUUUUCUGUAUAUCUCUGUUUAUGAUUCUGAUUAUUCAAGAGUGGAUGAUGAGAUGAAGACAUGUCUUCACUCUUUAGAGUUCAGAGUUUACAGCAUCCCUUGUCCUGGAU